AUGGAAGAAGAUGUAGACGACAUGGCGUCAGACGUACAACAGAGAUCUGAAGGAGGGACGGCGUUACCUGUACCAGAGCCUGGUCCACAUGAUGCCCCAGGCCCUCAUUAUAUCUCAUAUGGCUCAUCCUUCGGAAACUUUGGGCCCUUGCCACCGGAUGAUUUACCUCCCCAGAAUGCCCUUAACACAUGGGUUGUGAAUAUUGGUGUAGAGAGCCCUUCCAAUAAGACUCGAACACGCUCUCAAGCCCCUUCGAGAGCUUCUGAGAAGCAAGGUUCAGAACAUUACUCGCAGCCCCCUACCUCUCCCAAAGCUGCUUCGCGCGCGCCCACGGCGAGGACCACUGACAGACCCUUGUCGCCACCGCAAUCAGUCAAAUCUCACGGGACCAACAAAACGAGGCCUACUGAAAAAGGCACAGUGUACCCUCCUCUUCCUGAGAGUCGCUUUGGCGACGAAUCAAUGUAUGACGGACCCUCGUCACCCACUCGUUCGCGCGCUGCUCGAUCCAAAGCACCAUCCAAAGCGCCCUCCGUCUCCCCUUCUGACUCUCUCUCGCAAUACAACGUCAGGCGUUAUAAAAGUCCAUCGCACCGUGAGGGUUCGAACGUGAAUCAAUCAGAGCCUGGUGUUAAUGGAGCCGAUCUUUCUCCACGGAGUACCGUUCGGCAGCUGCCCGUUAAUGGGAAUGGUCGGAGUCGUCCGUUUUCGCCAUACCGUCAUGCACCAACGCAGGAAGACUUACUUGCAGCGGCAACCCGUGGACGGGCGAUAGUAAUUCCAGAGGAGGAAGAACCAACAAAGGCCUCGUCAGUUGCACAUUCAAGGGCUUCAAAGACAGCGUCUGCCGCUCCUUCUGUUACACCUUCUCAUCGAACUCGGCAGUCGGUGGCUACUAAUGGGAAGGCAUCUAACAAGCUACCUUCAAUUGCACCUUCCAAGCAGCCUUCUAUGGCACCUUCCAAACCAUCUUCUAUUGCACCUUCCAAACAGCCUUCUGUUGCGCCUUCUCAUCAGGGCCGAUCCAGUCGAAACAGAGAUGUAGACGCAACCCCUACUCCUUCUCGCCCUCAUACUCCAGACAUGGACGAGCUGAACCAAGAAGAAGCGCGCAUUGUUGAACAAGCACUUGCUUCAGCUGUGAGGACGCCUCGUACCUCGUACUACACGCCUUCUGUGCUCGAUGCGGAGGUGCAACAGAGCUCAUUCCAUGACAAUGAAUUAUGCAUUUUACUGCAUCAAUUAAAGGCUCCUCAGACUCAUGACUUAGUGAGAAAGGUUGUUCUGAAAGCUGUCAAACAGAGAAUGAAGAAACUGAGCAUGAACUAUGAUAAUGAGUCCAUCAAACAGUAUCAAAAAACUUAUCACAACCACGAUCCCAUAAGCCAGCUUCCUGUUGAAGAUGUUGAUGAACCGCCAAAAUGGGCCUCUGACCUGAAGAGGGAAAUUCUGUUGAUGCAACAGCGUAUUGAGAGUCUGGGACCCAAGAUCGAGAAUCUUCGACCGCCUCCGCCUCCUCAAUCUUAUGUUGAAGAAGGGAACUUCUACGACGAUGAUCAGUAUACCCACACUCCUGUCACGCAAACCGUCAACAUUCAUACACAAGCCACUGGUACCAUGGCAGAAUCGAUGUACCAGCCUGAAACGGAGAUGACCAUGGAGGAUGCGCCCCCCGGUAGUCAUUUCGACAACGCUGCGGAAUUUGAAGAUGAUGGCGAAAUGACUGAGCCCACUCACCGUGGGUUCCCGGCGCCCACCGCCGACCAAAUUCGUACUCCUCCCAAUUAUGCUCUUUCCGAUGGCCGUGAUGAUUCUCCUGGUCAGCAAUACUUGGAGGAAGAACUCUACAAGCUACAACAGAGGCCGUCUGCCACUGGAGAGGAACAGACUACUUGGGAUCUUCGUCGCUCAGACGUUCCUGACGAAUACGAUGAUGAAGAAUCGCCUGCCGUCGCUCCGACAAUUCCUGGGUCUGAGGCCGGAGACCUCAAUCGCCGGUCUACAUCACCUUCAUUGCCACCCAUUCCUCGGGAUGAUACCGGUCAACGCAGUCUCGUCCCACAGCCGCAGUGGAAUGGAAAUUACAACGAUCACCAGCAAGAUCUUCCACCGUGGCAGAAGAUUCACCAACGGUUGCUCAGCUGGGCUAUAGUGUGGCCGUUGUCUGAACUCGAUGAAGCCUUGAACAGUACUACGAGGGGUCAUCAGGUCAAUGAGGUUGCAAUGAGCAUUUGGUCAACACAGACUUAUAAGCGUUACGUUCGUACUCGGAUGACUGAUACGCCUUCGGGGGUGGUCGACCGUCUCUUCGUUCCGCCGAAUAUGGCUGACGCUAUAAGCAAUGCGGUUUACAACGGAAGACAUGGUGAUGCAUGUGGUAUGUUGAGGGAUUUGUGGGGUCCGUUCGGUUUGCAGGGAAUGCCUCGACUGCUGGUUGUGUUAGCUAAACAUCGUUCCGAUGAAAAUCACUGGGUUGUUCACAGAUUUUCUCUUCCUGAUGGGUCUCUGACAACUUACGAUUCCUAUCCUGAAAAAAACCUUCCUGAUGGUCGUCCUCUGGGUUGGUGGUUCGCCAUCCGUGUUGCAUGGCCGAAUGCCAUCUAUCCCAGUCCGGACAACCUGAUGCAAAAAAUGGUACGGCUUCAUCGUCCAAUGCAGCUUUCCAUCGACAACUCUGUGGCUGCUGGUGGUAUUUGGCGUAACAUCCUAAUGGGGUCGCGCGCUGAGCGAAGUCUGGAUCUGGAACGUUUGCGAGACCUCAUCAACACUGAGGUUAAGAAUCUCCGACAACGAAAGCUGUUGGGGAAGCUGUCCAUCAAUGCACCGCGUCCUCAAUGGGAGGACAUGAGCUAA